UUAUUUUGGAAGUACUUCCUGCUGGGAAAGGGAAAAUCCUCACCUUUACAAGCACAGCCAAGUGCUGGAAGGAAGGCAAGUGUGUAAAAUGAACUGCACGUGGUCCAGCAGCAGCAGCAGCAGCAUCACAAACGUGUCACCUUCAGGCUGACACCUCCUGCUGCCACAGCUCUGGAUGUUGGCUGUGCCAUAAAUCCCACUGGCUAAACACAGACACUCUUAAAUCAAGACUUUUCUUGGGAAGAUGAACAAAACCAGACACGUUAAACUCUCCACAGAAAAAUACAACCUUGUGACAACACCACGAAGUGAAUGCGUUUUCCAAGCUUUGGACACGUCACUGCUCACAGCAACCCUGCAGGGCAGCUCCAGCAUCUGGGAAUGUCACCCAAACCUGGUGGAUUUACCCCAAAUCCCACCCAAAUCCAGUUUACUUCUGUGGGCACAGGCUGGUGUGUGUUGGAUGGAUGGGAUUUGGAAUGUCACUGGUAGCAGCUGAACAAAGGGGCUUCCAAUGCCAGCAAUAAAGCUCUGCUGUUGCCAGGGCAUUCCCUGGUUUAAUUUUGCCUGUUUUACAGAUAUCUUAGGACACUUUGAAACGCUUCUGAUAUGAGGACAGUGAUGUUUUGGGGUGGAAUUUGACCCCACUUUAACACGUGAUGUCACCCAGGCCAAAAAGAUCCCACCCAAACUGGGAAUUAAUUUAAUGAGCCAAAUUCUUUGUCCUUUCUGUAGCUGCACAAAAACCAGUGCCACCACCCACUGGGCUCCUCCAAGAUAAACAACAGCACCAAACUGAGCUAAUCCAAAGUUUUCACAUCUGAAAUGUGAGGAAAUAUGGAAAUAUCUGAAACAGACAGCACAGAACUAUUUUACAGACUAUUAACUCCAAGUGAAAGAAUAAAUUCAAGGCAGACACCAAGGCUCCUCACAGGUCACACUAAUUCCCUAAAUCCAUGUGACAAGAAUGUGCUGGAUUGAUGGGCAGGUGACACUUGGCUGAAACACCACUGGCAAAAAGAGACCAAAGAAAUGUGGGAUUUGGGAAAAAUGCACUCAACUUGUACACACCUGCUUGGGAAAGUGUCAAGAGAAUUCUGAAUCCCAAACUGCUCCAAAUAAAGGCAAAACCUCAGAGCUCCCAGGCACCAGCAGGGCUGGGGUUAAAGAAAUAAACCACCUGAAUUUGGGUUUUUUUCUUUUUCCGACAGGGAAGUUUCACCCUUGUCAAACAGGGCUGCUUUAAUCCUGAAUUUUUAAUUUAAUCCCUCAUUUCCAGGGCUGUGGUUCCCUGGGGAGGCAAAUGGGAUGUCCAGGGCUUCCUGUAGGGCUUGGGCUCAAAUUUUAAAUACAAACCCAAAGCUGUGCAUUUCUAUGCAACCUAUGGGUACAAAAGAGGAAGUACAAUUCUGCAUAAGGAGUUCACAUGCCCAUAUAAAAAACUAAUGGAAACAGAUUUGGGCUGAACACACUGAUAAACCAUUAUCGGACACACCACACACAUUAUUGCCUGAUAAUUACAAACAGCUGGGACACACAACUCCAACUUUACCCAUUUUUUUGAGUUUUCUCAAGAAAAACAAAGGUCUUUUCUAACUUUAAAGUGAAGAUACAUAAAUGGUAUGACUUAUGAAGCCAAUGUCUCAAUAGAAAGACAUCUCUGCUCAUUGCAGAGCAAAAUGAACUGGGAGCAAUCUUUAAUUUCCCCUUACAAAACUAAAAAUGUGAUGAUAGCUUUGUGUAGAAAAAAACAAGAAAAUAAUAUAUUUUCGACAUACAUCUGUCAUAUCUCAGGCUAAAGGACUAUUCUAUUCUUAGUGCUUCUAUGCAGACCAAAGGCACCUUUCCUGUGGAUGAGGCUGUGAACUGGGAGCAUUUGAUUUGGGCUUUCACAAAGGGGGGUGACAGUGCCAGGCUGGGCCCUGUGUCACUGACUGCAGCCACAACAAGGAGGGACUGGGAAACACUGGAGCUCAUGAAUGCACUGGCAAGGAAAAUGCAAACGUCUCCAAAGCACUGUGUGCGAGAGCAGCUGGCAGUACACAGUCACACCCAGGGGAAGAAUGAGACUGCUCUGAAUGGAGACAAGGCAGAACCACACCUCUGCAACCCCUGCAGCCACACCUCUGCAACCCUGCAACCCCUGCAGCCACAUCUCUGCAACCCCUGCAGCCACACCUCUGCAACCCUGCAACCCCUGCAGCCACAUCUCUGCAACCCCUGCAGCCACACCUCUGCAACCCUGCAACCCCUGCAGCCACAUCUCUGCAACCCCUGCAGCCACACCUCUGCAACCCUGCAACCCCUGCAGCCACAUCUCUGCAACCCCUGCAGCCACACCUCUGCAACCCUGCAACCCCUGCAGCCACAUCUCUGCAACCCCUGCAGCCACACCUCUGCAACCCUGCAACCCCUGCAGCCACAUCUCUGCAACCCCUGCAGCCACACCUCUGCAACCCUGCAACCCCUGCAGCCACAUCUCUGCAACCCCUGCAGCCACACCUCUGCAACCCUGCAACCCCUGCAGCCACAUCUCUGCAACCCCUGCAGCCACACCUCUGCAACCCUGCAACCCCUGCAGCCACAUCUCUGCAACCCCUGCAGCCACACCUCUGCAACCCUGCAACCCCUGCAGCCACACCUCUGCAACCUCUGCAGCCACACCUCUGCAACCCUGCAAUCCCUGCAGCCACACCCCUGCAAAACCUGCAGCCACACCUCUGCAACCCCUGCACCCACACCCCUGCGACCCCUGCAGCACCACCUCUCCAAGCAGGGCAAGAAGGAGCACAUCCACUCCUGGGCCCCCGUGCCCCCCAGCAUGCAGGACAGAGCUGGGCAUGGAUCAAAGUGCCACUCUGAUCUGCAGAUGAACAUUUCCAGCCUGCUGGGCUGCUGA